AUGGAUAUUUUAAGCAUAGUCUGUAUUUGUUUCUACUUGGGAAGAAGUUGGGGGCAGAAGCAAAUGUAUGUUGUCUCAGCACCUAAAGAAUUCUAUGUUGGAGCUGCUGAAAAUGUAGUAAUUCAAGUUUAUGGAUAUACACAAUCAUUUGCUGUGACCAUUGCUAUUAAAAGUUAUCCUGAAAAAAGUUUUACAUAUUCUUCUGGCCAAAUUAAUUUAUCUCCAGAAAAUAAAUUUCAGAACUCUGCAAACUUAACUAUACAACCAAAAGAUCUAUCUGGAGGGCCAAAUGCAGUUUCACACGUAUAUUUAGAAGUUGUAUCUGUCCAUUUUUCAAAAGCAACAAAAAUUCCACUGCGCUAUGACAAUGGAUUUCUUUUCAUUCAAACAGACAGACCUGUUUACAAUUCGGAUCAGCCAGUAAAAGUUAGAGUUUAUUCAUUGGAUGAAAACCUUAAGCCAUCCCAAAGAGAAGUUACCUUAACUUUUAUAGAUCCAGAAGGCUCAGAUGUUGCUGUGGUAGGGGGAAAAAAUUACACUGGAAUUAUCACUUUUCCUGACUUCAAGAUCCCAUCUAAUCCUAAAUACGGUUUGUGGACAAUUAAAGCUAAAUACAAAGAGGACUUCACAACAACAGGAACUGCAAAUUUUGAGAUUAAAAAUUUAUAUUUGGCAAAACCACGUUUCUCUGUCUUAGUGGAACCAGAAAAUUACUUCAUUAGCCAUAAAAACUUUGAGGAUUUCAAGAUUGCUAUAAAAGCUAGAUAUUCAUAUAAGAAUAUAACUGAGGCUGAAGUUUCUGUCUGUUUUGGAAUAAGAGAAGAUUUAGAUGAUAGGAGGAAAGAAAUGAUUCAGGAAGCAACACAAAAGACACAGCUGAUUGAUGGAGUUGCACAAAUCAAUUUUAAUACUUCAAAGGCAAUAAAAAACCUGUCAUAUAAAAGUCUAGAAGAUUUAAAUAACAAGUACCUUCAUGUUUUUGUGACAGUACAAGAAAGUACAGGUGGAUUCUUCAAAGAAAACAAAGCAACUGAUGUCAAAUACGUCCUCUCUCCCUACACACUGAAUUUGAUUGCUACUCCUCUUUUCUUGAAGCCUGGCAUUCCAUAUUUUAUCAAGGUGCAGGUGAAGGAUGUCUUUGCCCACAUUGUAGGAGGAAUUGCAGUGACCUUGAAAGCAAAAACAGUUGCCAAAACUCAGGAGAAGACAGAUCUGGAUCUAAGGAAAAGUACAACAAAUGAUCGUGAUGGAGUAGCUUCAUUCGUGCUUAACGUUCCCACUGGCGUGACAGCACUGGAGUUUCACGUUAGGACUGAUGACACAGACCUUCCAGAGGAGUAUCAAGCCAGCAAUGACUACCAAGCAGUGGCCUACUCAUCACCCAGCCAAAGUUUCCUUUCCCUUAGCUGGACAGAAAGUUACAAGAGUUUGCUUGUGGGAGAACAUCUGAGCAUCACUAUUACCCCUAAAAGUCCAUAUGUUGACAAAAUUACACAGUACAAUUACUUGAUUUCAUCUAAGGGCAAAAUUGUACGUUUUGGCACAGAAAAGAAACGCCUGCGUUCAUCUUACCAACAUUUAAACCUUUCUGUGACUCAGAACAUGAUUCCUACGGCCCAUCUCCUGGUCUAUUACAUCAUCACAGGACAGCAGACAGCAGAAUUAGUGUCUGACUCAAUCUACCUAAAUAUUGAAGAAAAGUGUGGCAGCCAGCUCCAGAUCCAUCUGUCUCCAAAUAAAGAUAUACAUUCUCCAGAUGAAGCUGUAUCUCUUAUUAUGGAAAGUCAGUCAGCAUCAUGGGUAGCAUUAACAGCAGUGGACAGUGUGACCUAUGGCAUCAGAGGAAGAAGCAAAUAUUCCAUGGAAAGAGUACUUGAAGGUUUAGAUAAAGGUGACCAGGGCAGUGGAGCAGGUGGUGGCAGAAACAAUGCUGAAGUGUUCUACUUGGCAGGACUCACUGUCCUCACCAAUGCAAAUGCAGACGACUUCCAACAAAAUGAUGGAUCAUUUAAGAAAAUUAUCAGAUCAAGAAGAGAAUGGAAAAAGAAAAUAGAAAAUCUAGCAUCUCUGUUUAAACACCCUGUGCUUCAGAAGUGCUGUUAUGACGGAGCCCAACAAAGCAAGGAGAGCUGCAAGCAGAGAGCUGCACGAAUUACCAUCGGCCCAAAGUGUUCCAGUGCUUUCUCUCAGUGUUGCAACCUGUCAAGGGAGCUGCGGAAUGAGACCUCUCACACAUAUGUAACCUUGGGAAGAAUAGACACAGGUUCAUCAAACACUUACAUACGAUCUGCAAGCAGAAUUUUUUUAGAAAACUGGUUAUGGAAAGUAUAUCAUAUCACUAAAAGGCAUCAGCUGGAGUUGGUGCUACCUGAUUUUCUAACUACCUGGGAAAUUCAAGGUGUUGGCAUUUCAGAUAAAGGUCUGUGUGUCACGGAUGUGCUGCAGUUGCAGGUGUACAAAGACCACUUCCUGGUCACAAAUGGCAAUGCUACAAGCGUCCAUUAA